UUAAACUUUUGGAGAAACGAAGAGCCGGAGCAAGCAGUGAGGCUCAAGCGCGGAUGCAGGAGAGCAACUAAGCACUGUUUCUGUGUGUGGACUUGGAUCAAGAGUGAGCGAGAUGCGUGGCUUGUUUUCCACCCUCUUCCUGCUGCUAGUGGCCUUAAUGAUCGUCACUACAGAAGCAGGAAAGAACAAGAAAGACAAAGGCAAAGGACCGAAGGGAGCAUCUGACUGUGCAGAGUGGCGCUUUGGUGGCUGUGUACCCAAUAGCGGUGACUGCGGAACAGGUUUGAGGGAAGGCACUUGCAACGGUCAAACCAAGAAGCUCAAGUGCAAAGUGCCCUGCAACUGGAAGAAGCAGUUUGGUGCUGAUUGCAAGUAUAAGUUUAGUAACUGGGGCGAAUGUGACACUGCUGCCGGCUUUAAGACUCGCUCUGGUACGCUGAUGAAGGCUCUCUUCGACGUUGAAUGCCAGCCCGCCAUCACGGUGUCUAAACCUUGCAAGAUCAAAUCCAAGCCCAAAGGGAAAAAAGGAAAAGGAAAAGGAAAUUAGAGAGGAGAAACCCAACAAAGGCAUGAGGAGCCACCCUUCACCGUCAGACAAACACCAGCCCUCCAAACUCCAGCCUUUCAUUUCUUUCUCUCUUACACUCUGCUAUCUGACUUUGAGACAGGAAAUGUGAUGUGUGUCAGACACAGCUUUGUUCUUUGUUUGUAACUCUACAAAUCCUGCAGUAUGUGUUCUAGAGCACAAGAGUGUGUCGCACUAUGGUAAAAUUGACACACUGUAUGAAAUAUUUCUUCCAGAAGAGAAAGUGAGAGGCUGAUGUUUGGAGGAGGAUGUAAUAGCCCCUACCCCCCUUCGGCUCUCUGUAGACUGAGAGAGAUUAUACUCUACCACUCUCUGUCAAAACCUCACCGUUUCUGAUCUGACACAAGAAACGCUUACUCACUCACUCACCUACACACAUGCACACACACGCAUACACACACACCAGCCUGUGUACUUUAAUUUGUAUUGUAUAAGUCCACUUUUGUAAUAAGGUUGUGAGAUGUUGCAGUAGAAGGUUAUCUCAAUAGUGGAGUAUAUGAGUAGAGUCUGUUUUGAAAAAAGGUCUUACUGCUCUUUUGUAGGAUAAAUGUAAGAAUCAUGGAGAAAUCAUUUGAAAUAAAAUAUUUUGAAAGGUAA